AUGACGUCCGAGUUCAUCUUGUGUGCACAGCGAUGGGGACUGACCGUCAGAAUUAGGAAGACGAAGGGCAUGGCGGUGGGUCAACCAACAUCAGUUGAUCCCGUUCAACUCGGUGGUGAUAGCAGGAUUGACAUGGUGGACGGGUUCCGGUACCUUGGCAGCGUGCUCUCUGCUGACGGAACGGUGGAUGCGGACCUCGCUGCUCGUUUGGCGCAGGCGUCCCGGCUGUUCGGCGUGCUCAGGUAUCCGAUAUUUCAGUGCGUACAUCUCUCGGUCCACACCAAGCGGCUGGUGUAUCGUGCUAUUGUCCUUCCUGCUCUUCUCUACGGUGCGGAGACAUGGCCCAUCAAAGCGGGUCAUAUUCGCCGACUCAACACUGUCCUUUCACUAUCAGUGUUUUCAGAGAUUGUCGUCAGCAUCGCUGAGUGA